UCAUGAAGGCAACACGGGUUAUCACCACCAUCACAGCAAGCGUCUCAUCCCCCACCAAGGUGUCAUUUCAGGCAGCUAACUCCCAAUCUUACCUUGCGUUUUAUUGAACAAUUUUGAUACACAUUUCUGCUCGACAUCUCGGGACUUUGGGGCCAUGAAUGGAAUCAGGGUUCUCGUGGUUUUCUUGGUGCUUUCCGCGUCUCUGUUGUGCACAGCCGAAGCGGCCAGGAGCAGGACCAGCAACCACAACAGCUUCCGACGGGCAGCUAACGGCAUCUACCAGACCCUGAGCAGUGUCUUCGGAGAGGACAACAUUAGAGGGCUGUACAAGUUUUUCUCCAAAACAACGGAGAGGUUUGUCCAUGGAGUGGACUCUUUUCUUGACACCAUCUGGAAGAUCUGGUCUGAUCUGCUGGAUGUGAUGGGCAUCGACUCCUCAAACCUCAGCCACUACUUCAGCCCCACAUCUCUCACCAACUCUCCGGCACGUGCCCUACUCCUGGUUGCCGCUGUACUUGUGGCCUACUGGUUCCUCUCAAUGUUCCUGGGGGGUUUCUUUUACCUGCUGCACGCUGUGUUUGGCCGCUUCUUCUGGGUAGCACGUGUAACACUCUUCGCCUUGUCCUGCCUCUACAUCCUGCAGAAGUUUGAGGGUGACCCUGAGCGCGCGGUGCUGCCGCUUUGCUUCAUCAUGGCGGUGUACUUCAUGACGGGGCCUGUGGGAGCGUACUGGCGUCGGGGAGGCGGGGCAGGUUCACUGGAAGAGAAAAUCGACCACCUGGACACUCAGAUCAGGCUGCUUAACAUCAGGCUGAGUCGCGUCAUAGACGGCCUGGAACGCACCGGGGACCAGUAGGUAGCGGCACGAUGAGGGGGAGGGAGGGGAUCUUGUACAACCAGCUGCAGUUGAUGUCAGAACGCUGCUUCCUGUACACAUCUGCAGCAACACAACUACUGGGUAUUUCCAACUCUAUUGUCAGAUGGGGGACAAAACUAGAUUUGAAAACCGUAUUUUAACUGCUUGAGUUGAUUUAAGUUACAGAAUACCUAAAAAUCCUCAGAGGUGUGGACAGUUGACUCGGAGCUUACGCAAAUCAACCAAACAACUAUUUUUCUUUAUGUUUGUCUCAAGAUUUUGAUUGAAAGGUUUUUGCUACAUCGGUGAGGAAGUUAUCAGAGAGAUGUACAUGGUUUUCUAAAUGCUGGGCUAAUUCUACACCUCAGCCACUUUUGAGAAAGUUGGGGUUUGAAUUUUUGGUGUUUGGAUAAGCAUCGUCAAUGCUUUUGCUAAAUGAAUAAUCAUGUUUUAUGUAUGUUUAUUUCUAUCCUUGUGAAUAACCUGGGGGCUACGAUUCUUUACACAGGUUUAUCGACAAACAUUUACUUCCCUUUUUGAAACUAUUGAAGUAGAAAAAGGGGUUGGGUGUGAGGCAGGGGCCCGAUACCAACAUUGUAUUUCUAAAAUGUAAAAAUCCUCAAGAUAAUAAUUGUUCAUAGUAAGAUUUAUUUAUUCCAUUUCCAUCCAAAAUGUUGAAAUCAUGUAGAUCUAGUUUGUUUCAUGAAGUCACCGUCCCAUAGUGGCAAUAGUUUGACAUCAGGACCUCUUUUUCAUUGUGUGUAUGCAUCUGAGUGACCUACUCGAAUGUGCAAAUGCAUUAAUGUGUGUGUGUUCCAAGCUUGUAAAAUAGAUAAGCACUGUUUCAAAAAGUCAACAUCAGACGAGUAGAAAAUGCAGACAGGCAGCAAUAUCUCAGGGACUCAACCAACACACGUAUAGAACUGGAAAUGAGACAUAAUCAAGCGUAUUAAAAUUAUGUCUGGGUCUCUUUGAGUCACUUCACAGUUUUUCAGAUAUAGUUUGAAAUCUGUCUCAGUAACGUACAGUACUUAUCGAUAAGUGGGUGCAUAGUUUGUGUUUUUGCAAGACCAAAUCUAUCUUUUUGAUACCUGCAUGCAAUUAUUGUCGGGAUUUGAACUGCAGCUUGUGGUUUAUAGUUUAAGCUGGGUGGGGAUGUAUUGUUAACAUUUAAAUGUUUGAAUGCACAAGCAAAUUAUCUUAUACUGGCUUAAAGCAUCUCUUACUACAUCUUUUAGGAGGAGAAUUAUAGUGUAAACAGAUAACAUUCUUAACUUAUUACAGAUUGAAUUAGGUCUAGUGCCUUCGAUCCUGUGGCAAAAAUACUAGCCUGUACUGUACAACCCCAUUUGACCAUACAUUGAAAAAUGUAUAUUUGAAGCUCAACAUUAUUUUAAAUUGUUUCAUCUUAGUGAUAACCUACCAGUAACAUAUUGCAAGAUUAACAACCAGCCUGAUUGAUACAUAUAGUAUAUCAUUAUAUUAAAACUGUACAUCACUGUAGCCACCUCUUUGGGCUUUUUAUGUCUAUUAUUUCUGCCAUUUUUUUUUUAAUUUCUCUUCAUGUGUCCUCAUAAAAGAGGACUUUCCCUGCCAUACUUCACUAUGGUUAACACACACUGUUUGUCUACAUUGAGUCAUAUCCACCCUGGCACAUUACCCUUUUUGUAAUUUCAAUUUAUAGAAUCUGGACUCUGUUAAAACGUUUUUAUACAAACGACCCUAAUGCUGUGCAUGAUUAAAGAUGACAUAACUGAUCAGAGGGCUCUUACAGUUCAUGGUACUACUGAGGCCAAAGAACCAACCAGUAUUUAUACCCUUGACACUCACAUUUACAACAUCCUGAACAACUUAUUAGUAUGUGUGAGGUGCUUUUUUGGCCCACUUCUAAUGUUUCUCAGUGUAGUAAGGGCACAGUGUUACUAUUCUUCUUUGAGAAGGAAAUUGUUGCAUCACCAUAAUACCUGAUAUGGACAUAUUGACUCAGCACAUUCAGAUAAUUAUCAUUACAUAUACGUUUUCCUGUGUUCAGUACAGGUCUGACAGUUCUUUACUUCUCACUAGACCCUUUGACUUGCCUUUCAUCUUUAUCUUGGAGUUAAGUCCUAACUAAAUCAGCAAAAUGCAAAAACGUAGUUGACUAUAUGAAUACAGCUUAUAUUAAUGUGUACCAGAUAAUUGAAGCUCUCACCCCAAACACACCCAGUUCGCCCUACCAACCCUCCACCCCAUAGGAAGCCCAUAUAGCCAAAGUAAUCUGGGAUUUUCAUGCAUGCUGUUUUUAUGCCUAUACUGUUAUGUUGCAUUAUAUACAUGUUGUUGACUGCUUAGGUAGAGAACCCCUCCGAAAUGUGAUGUGUCCUGUAAAGAGUUGGAGGGAUUUGUAUUAUCAUAAGUCUAAUUUUUCUGUACCAUUUCGGUCAACAUUUGCACUGAUGACUGUACUGUAUGGACCAAAUUAUCACACUUCCGUGGUCUGUUUUACAUUACAAAACUAAAAUGGACAAAAACCCACUGAACUAAUCUCUGGCAUGUUGUUACAUUAUUUGUUUUGUUUUGCAGAGAUGAAGCUGGUGACUGGUUUAUGUUUUCUAAAUAACUGAAUGUGGGAUUUAUGAAGGUUAUAAUUGGAUAGUAAUCAUUUAUGUUAUUAAAGGAAAGUUUUUACAGUUUUCCAAUGGAUGAUUAGGUAGGAUUGAGUUAGACACUGAAAACUGAAGAACAAAGAAUACUGUUUCUUCAAAUUGCACACAUUCUCUCACACUGUUUUUAAUAUUUCCAGCACCAGAAAAAUCUGUUUGUGAGACUUAAACCAGCUUGAUAACACAGAUAAAAUGUAUACUUAAAGUAGAUCUACUCAUGUACCACCUGGAUAUUGAAAGAUAGCAGUGGAUCUUUCUGUUGACAUCUCUCAGCACUUGAUUGAAUGCUACAUUCAGAUUAUAUUUAUUCUCUGCCUGUUGAAUGGCUAGUGAAUCCAUUGUUUUUAAUGUACUGUAUCCUACUUAUUCCUAUUAUUCCAUGUAGCCUGCUUUUUUAUAACAUACUGUGCCAAUAAUGUGUAUUUUUGUUUAAUUUAAAGCUACUACUUGUAUCUUUUGUUUUUUUAAUUUCAUCAAUAUUUUUACACCUUUUUUCUAUCAGAAUAUUUCUGUACUUUAGUGAUGUGGCAAGCACCAAACUGUUCUGCCUGCUGUCGUCUGUGUGAGCGUGUCUAUCGAAACCUGUUGAUGGCUAAAUGGUUCCUUUUCUUUUCUCAGUGAAAAUGAGGUCCAGAUUUGAAUAAAUUAAAAACCACUGUAUGACAAAA